AUGGAUAAAUAUAGAAGUAAGAACAAUAUCUAUCUAUCUAUCUAUCUAUCUAUCUAUCUAUCUAUCUAUCUAUCUAUCUAUCUCAUUUACCACCAUUCUGUGGAACUGAACUGGGCUGAUUCUUUACUUGAAUACAAAUAUACAAUGCUCACCAGCUCAGAAAAAGUGUACACGUGCAUUCAGAAAUUAGUUCCAGAGGAGGAUGACACAUGGCUGACUGUAUACACAGGCUAUGGAGAGAGUGCAGUUGUGAAUGACUUGAAGCCAAACACAGAAUAUAUUUUUCGACUUCGUUUUCAGAGAAGUGAAACAAGUUUUUCUGAAUGGUGUGAUCCACUCAAAGUGGUAACAGAGAAGGAGCCUCUGUAUGGUGACAAUCUUCAUAAAGCUAUACGCCUGAAAGAUCUGGCUGAAAUAGAGUCGAUACUUAAAUCAGGAAUCCAGAGACUUUUAUUAUCUUACAAUGCAAAUAUUGGAUUCAAAGAUGACUCAGGAAAAACACCAAUUUUUAGUCUUUCUAUCUAUCUGUUCAUAUCUUUCUGUUCAUAUCUAUCUAUCUAUCUAUCUAUCUAUCUAUCUAUCUAUCUAUCUAUUUCAGCACGUUCAUAUCUAGCUCAAUACGUUCAUAUCUUUGUGUCUAUCUAUAUUCUUCUUUUCAUAUGUAUCUGUCUAUUUAUCUAUAUUAUCCCAAUGUAUUCAUAUCUAUCUAUCUAUCUAUCUAUCUUUCUAUCUAUCUAUCUAUCUCAGUUUGUUCAUGUCUAUCUAUCUAUAUCUAUCUCAAUCUCCUCUACCCAUGGAAACCGACAAGUAGCUCUCACUUUGCUUCGGUGUGGGGCUAAUAUCAAUGCAAAAGACCAUGAUGGAAAGACCAGCUUAAUGGUUGCUGUCAUCAAUGGUCAUCAACAAAUGUUGGAAUUACUUCUGGAAUACAAUGUUGAUCUUUCUGUGGUCAAUGCGAAUAUGGUGAAAUUAUUAGAAAAUGCAAUGGUUAAGAAUGGCAUCAGAUACUACUAG